AUGGCAGACACCACGACUCAAGCCUCCGAUACUCUGAUCGAACAUUGGCAGAAAGGAACCACGCUGAAAGAACUCGUCCAAUCCGUCCGCCCGUCGACUACAGAUUACAAAACAGGCUACGACAUCCAAAGACAUGUCGAAAGAAUCACAGAACAACCCCUCUUCGGCUGGAAGAUCGCCGCCACCUCCGCUGCAGGCCAAAAGCACAUCAACUCCCCCCGCCCCCUCGCAGGCCGCAUCCUCGAAGAGCGUGUAGAGCGCUGGACCUCCGCCUCCACGCCCCCAACAGUCCCCCUAGGCGCCAACCGCAUGCUCGUCGCCGAGCUCGAAUUCGUCUUCAAAAUGGCCUACGACCUGCCGCCCCGCGGCAGCGGCGAGCAAUACGACCUCUCCCAAGUCAUGGCCGCCGUGCAGGGCCUGUACCUCGGCAGCGAACUGCCCGACUCGCGAUUCGAGGAUUUCACUGCUGUUGGGCCCGCGCAGCUUAUUGCGGAUAAUGCGUGUGCGGACCGCUUUGUGCUCGGGCCGGAGGCGAAGGGGGAUUGGCGGGCGAUGGAUUUGCCUGCGCAUCGCGUGAGGGGGUGGGCGGUGGAUGGGACUGGCGCGAAGGUGGGCGAGGUGCAUGAGGGGAAUGGGGCGGCGGUGCUGGGGGAUCCGAAGGUGGCGUUGACGUGGUUGGUGAAUGAGUUGAAUGAGUAUGGGCUGACGCUGCGGGGGGGCGAGUAUGUUACCACGGGCACGUGUAUUAUCCCUAUUCCUGUCAAGCCGGGGGAUACGCUGGAGGGGGAUUAUGGCGAGUUGGGCACGAUGACGGUCAAGUUUGCGGAAUAG